CUUUCUCCUUCGAGGCAGAAGGCACAGUUGCUUCACCUGCAAGCCAGGCCCCAUUGAGUGCUGCGGAGCAUCAUGGCAUGCCGAAGAGGCCUGGCAGAAUGCACGGCAGCUGUGGAUCGGCACAUCUGCAAUGGUGUCUGUGGUUGCUGCGGAGCUUUGCGUCCUCGUUACAAGAGGCUCGUUGACAAUAUUUUCCCAGAGGAUCCAGAGGAUGGGCUGGUGAAAACCAACAUGGAGAAGCUGACCUUCUAUGCACUAUCUGCUCCUGAGAAGCUGGACCGCAUUGGCGCAUAUCUGUCAGAGAAGCUGAUCAGAGAUGUGAGCAGACACCGAUAUGGAUAUGUUUGCAUUGCUAUGGAAGCCUUGGACCAGCUGUUGAUGGCCUGCCACUGUCAGAGCAUCAACCUGUUUGUGGAGAGUUUCUUGAAGAUGGUGGCCAAGUUGUUGGAGUCCGAGAAGCCUGACCUGCAGAUCCUCGGCACCAACUCGUUUGUGAAGUUUGCCAACAUUGAGGAGGACACACCCUCUUAUCACAGGAGUUACGACUUCUUUGUGUCCCGCUUCAGUGAGAUGUGUCACUCCAGCCAUGACGACUUGGACAUCCGCACAAAGAUCCGAAUGUCUGGCAUAAAAGGUCUGCAGGGGGUUGUCCGAAAGACAGUCAACGAUGAACUGCAGGCCAAUAUCUGGGACCCUCAACACAUGGACAAGAUUGUGCCUUCACUGCUGUAUAAUCUGCAGCACACAGAGGAAGCAGAAAGCCGCUCUCCUUCUCCCUUGCAAUCCACUGAGAAGGAGAAAGAAAAUCCAGCAGAACUGUCUGAGCGAUGUCUGCGGGAGCUGCUGGGUCGGGCAGCUUACGGAAACAUAAAAAAUGCAAUCAAGCCUGUCAUGAUCCACCUGGAUAACCACUCGCUAUGGGAGCCAAAAGAAUAUGUCCAUUGCUUCAAGAUUGCCUCCGCCGCCAUCCAGAAACAACAUUCCCACUUGGUGAUCCAGCAGCUUCUGGGCCACUUGGAUGCAAACAGCCGAAGUGCUGCCACCGUGCGUGCCGGGAUAGUGGAGGUCUUGUCGGAGGCGGCUGUCAUUGCAGCCUCGGGAUCAGUCGGGCCGACAGUGCUGGAAGUAUUCAAUACCCUCCUCAGACAACUGCGCCUGAGCAUCGAUUAUGCCCUGACCGGCAGCUAUGAUUGUGCCAUGAUUGGUGGCACCAAGAUCAUCAAGGAGCACGAAGAGCGCAUGUUCCAGGAAGCUGUUAUCAAGACCACAGGUUCCUUUGCCAGCACCCUGCCCACCUAUCAGAGGUCGGAGGUCAUGCUCUUUAUCAUGAGCAAAGUUCCACUUCCUUCUCUGCAUCACCCACUAGACACUGGCAGAGCUGGGGAGAACAGGAAUCGCCUGACACAGAUAAUGCUGCUGAAGUCUCUUCUGCAGGUCUCUACCGGUUUCCAGUGCAGCAAUAUGUUGACGGCCUUGCCCAGCUCCUUCUUAGACCGUCUCCUGUCGGCCACAUUGAUGGAAGAUGCAGAGAUCCGCCUCUUUGUCCUCCAGAUUCUCAUCAGCUUCAUUGACCGCCAUGGGAAUAAAACACAAAUUCCAAACUAUCAGGUAACCCAUGACAUUUCCAUCCUGAAGCUGAAAGUGGACAAGUGUUCACGCCAGGAUACUGUCUUCAUGAAAAAGCAUUCUCAGCAGCUGUAUCGACACAUGUACCUGAGCAGCAAGGAGGAGAGCAACGGUCGUGCUCACUACGAAGCUCUCUACAGCUUGCUGGCACUCAUCAGUAUGGAGCUAGCUAAUGAGGAAGUGGUGGUGGACCUCAUCCGCCUGGUGCUGGCCAUGCAGGAGGUGGCCCUGGUCAAUGAGGAUAACCUGCCGCUCUACAACCGCUGUGCUCUCUAUGCCCUGGGGGCUGCCUAUCUGAACCUGAUCAGUCAGUUGACUACCGUUCCUGCCUUCUGCCAGCACAUUCAUGAGGUCAUAGAGAUGAGGCAGAAAGAGGCACCCUGCCUCCUCCCAGAAGGCGUGUUUGCUGAGAAACCCAGGCUUUCAAGAAAUCUGGACCGCUUCGGGCCUGAGAUCCUCUUCCGGCAAAGCAAAAUCAGUGAAGUACUGGGAGGGAGUGGCUACAAUUCUGACAGGCUCAGUACGCCCUACGUUCCCCAGCUAACAGAUGAAGAUCGGCUGUCAAAAAGGAAGAGCAUUGGAGAGACCAUCUCCCUGCAGGUUGAAGUGGAGUCGAGAAAUAGCCCCGAAAAAGAGGAGAGAGCACCUGCUGAAGAAAUCACCUAUGAAACGCUGAAGAAAGCAAUUGUGGACAGUGUUGCUGUGGAAGAACAAGAGCGGGAAAGAAGACGGCAGGUGGUUGAGAAAUUCCAGAAAGCUCCCUUUGAAGAGAUCGCAGCUCACUGUGGUGCCCGGGCAACUCUGCUCCAAAGCAAACUCAACCAGAUAUUUGAGAUCACCAUACGGCCCCCUCCCAGCCCCUCUGGUACCAUCACAGCUGCUUACGGCCAGCCCCAGAGCCACUCCAUCCCGGUGUACGAGAUGAAGUUCCCGGACCUCUGCGUGUACUGAGAGUCAAACCGCAUGCUCGGACAAGAUCCAAGUCAUCAGGACCCCAUGGAAUGCCAUCAUGCUACCUGCAUGAGCAACAGUGGGGCUGCUUGGAGCUGGGGUGGGCCCCCUCAACCAACUUUCUGAGCAAGAUGGACCGAAACACCCCCUACAUCCAGACCAUCUAAGCAUAUGUUGUUCUCAUUUUUUUCAUGCUCAGCUAGUUUUUUCUGUCAUGCAAAAGAUGCAAGUGACAUUUAGGAAGCCUUCUACGGACCAUGGAGGUAGGGAAGUUAGUUUGGCUUCCCUUUUUUUUAUAGAAGCUGUUUAAAAGUUUGGAAGGGUUGGUGGGUGUUUUCUUCCUCUUUUUAUUGAAAACGUGUGCUGAUCAUCCAUUACAUAAAGCAAUCUAUUCUGUGUGUGGUGGUCUCAUUUCGUGCUCCGUCUGGGUGACUGAAUGAGAGUGGGUAGAAUGUCGCAUUUAGAGAGCCACGCUAGGGUGAGGGGGAUCUGCCGUACCAUCCUAAGCAGAAUUUCACUCUUCCUAAGUCCAGUUACGUUUAGAAGGAUGUGAUUCUUCAUAAGAUGGCACUGUUGGUCCUUGUUCAUCUUAAGUAAGGUCUCAGGAUUUAAGAUGAAAAAAGGCUGUCAAGAUGUGGCCCACUGAAAAUGAAUGCAUUAAUUGGUAGGUGCAUUUCAGUGGCGGAGCGGCAAGGGGAUGGGGGGGGUGCGUUGUGCACUGGGUGCACGCCUGGGGGGCAGAAAAUCGCCCCUCGGGUCCUCCCCUUUUAUUUAUUUAUUUAUUCUUGAGAUUUUUAUACCGCCCUAUCCCCGAGGGGCCCCGGGCGGAGCACAACAUACAAUCACAAUACAAUCAUAAAAUAACUGAAACCUUUAAAAGCAGCGAUAGGAACAAUAAAACUAAGUAUAAUAAGUAUGAUAAAUAUAACAAGUGGCGUCUGACAACCCCAUUUUAAAAAUCCUCUCCCAAGAGGGAGGAACGGCCUUCCCCGUACCGCCCCCUCCCCGCCCCUUCCCACAUUGGGGCUCUCAAGGUCUCCUGGGAAGUAUAGUUCCUCAGGCAGUUUUUAGCCUGAACUGUGAAGAGUUUGCCUCAGGAAUAUUUUCCCUAUUGGAAGUGCACAUUUUUACAGAUUUACAGGCAGCAUGAGAAGUUUUAUAAAUCCAGUGGGUAGGAAACAAUACGCUGUUAAGAACUUAUUAAAAUAUACAUUCUUUACCAUGCUGC